GCAGCGCGCCGCGCGCACGGAAGGGGGGCUGCCGGUGCCGCGCGGAGAAGAUGUAAGCGCGUGGGGUCUAGCUGGCCUCCGAGCACCAUGCAGAAGGGGAUCCGGCUGAACGAUGGCCACGUCGCGUCCCUGGGACUGCUGGCGCGCAAGGACGGCACGCGCAAAGGCUACCUGAGCAAGCGGAGUUCGGACAACACAAAAUGGCAAACCAAGUGGUUCGCGCUGCUGCAGAACCUGCUCUUUUACUUCGAGAGCGACUCGAGCUCGCGGCCCUCCGGGCUCUACCUGCUGGAGGGCUGCGUCUGCGACCGCGCGCCCUCCCCCAAGCCUGCGCUUUCGGCCAAGGAGCCGCUGGAGAAACAGCAUUACUUCACCGUUAACUUCAGCCACGAGAACCAGAAAGCCCUGGAGCUGAGGACGGAGGAUGCCAAGGAUUGUGACGAGUGGGUGGCGGCCAUCGCUCACGCCAGCUACCGGACACUGGCCACAGAGCACGAGGCGCUGAUGCAGAAGUACCUGCACCUGCUGCAGAUCGUGGAGACGGAGAAGACGGUGGCCCAGCAACUGCGGCGGCAGAUCGAGGACGGCGAGAUCGAGAUCGAGCGGCUGAAGGCAGAGAUCGCAUCCCUGCUCAAGGACAAUGAACGUAUCCAGUCCACCCAGACCACCACCCCCAACGAUGAGGACAGUGACAUCAAGAAGAUCAAGAAGGUGCAGAGCUUCCUGCGGGGCUGGCUGUGCCGGCGCAAGUGGAAGACGGUCAUCCAGGACUACGUGCGCUCGCCGCACGCCGACAGCAUGCGCAAGAGGAACCAGCUGGUGUUCAGCAUGCUGGAGGCCGAGGCCGAGUACGUGCAGCAGCUGCACAUCCUGGUCAACAACUUCCUGCGCCCGCUGCGGAUGGCCGCCAGCUCCAAGAAGCCCCCCAUCACGCACGAUGACGUCAGCAGCAUCUUCCUGAACAGCGAGACCAUCAUGUUCCUGCACCAGAUUUUCUACCAAGGCCUGAAGGCCCGCAUCUCGAGCUGGCCCACCCUGGUCCUGGCGGACCUGUUCGACAUCCUGCUGCCCAUGCUGAACAUCUACCAGGAGUUCGUGCGCAACCACCAGUACAGCCUGCAGAUCCUAGCGCACUGCAAGCAGAACCGCGACUUCGACAAGCUGCUCAAGCACUACGAGGCCAAGCCCGACUGCGAGGAGCGCACCCUGGAGACCUUCCUCACCUACCCCAUGUUCCAGAUUCCCAGGUACAUCCUGACGCUGCAUGAGCUCCUGGCGCACACCCCUCACGAGCACGUGGAGCGCAACAGCCUGGACUACGCCAAGUCCAAACUGGAGGAGCUGUCCAGAAUAAUGCACGACGAAGUGAGCGAGACAGAGAACAUCCGGAAAAACCUCGCCAUCGAGCGUAUGAUCAUCGAAGGCUGCGAGAUCCUGCUGGACACCAGCCAGACUUUUGUGAGACAAGGCUCCCUCAUCCAGGUGCCCAUGUCCGAGAAGGGCAAGAUCACCCGGGGCCGCCUGGGCUCCCUGUCCCUGAAGAAGGAGGGCGAGCGGCAGUGCUUCCUGUUCUCCAAGCACCUCAUCAUCUGCACCAGAGGCUCGGGGGGGAAACUGCACCUGACCAAGAACGGGGUCAUCUCCCUGAUCGACUGCACCCUGCUGGAGGACCCAGAGAACAUGGAGGAAGACGCCAAAGGAGCCAACCAAGACAUAGACCACUUGGAUUUUAAGAUUGGGGUGGAGCCCAAGGAUUCCCCACCUUUCACCGUCAUCCUCGUGGCCUCGUCCAGGCAAGAGAAGGCGGCGUGGACCAGCGACAUCAGCCAGUGUGUGGAUAAUAUCCGGUGCAAUGGGCUGAUGAUGAACGCGUUCGAGGAGAACUCCAAGGUCACCGUGCCGCAGAUGAUCAAGUCGGACGCCUCCCUCUACUGCGACGACGUGGACAUCCGCUUCAGCAAGACCAUGAACUCCUGCAAAGUGCUGCAGAUCCGCUACGCCAGCGUGGGGCGGCUGCUGGAGAGGCUGACCGACCUGCGUUUCCUGAGCAUCGACUUCCUCAACACCUUCCUGCACUCCUACCGCGUCUUCACCACGGCCGUCGUGGUGCUGGACAAGCUCAUCGCCAUCUACCGGAAGCCCAUCAGCGCCGUCCCCGCCAGCUCUGGCCAAGCCUCGAGGGGCCCGGCGGGUCACCGCGAGCCCUGGGUCCCUGCCAGAUCACUGGAGCUCCUGUUCGCCAGUGGCCAGAGCAACAAGCUGCUGUACGGCGACCCCCCCAAGUCCCCGCGCGCCACACGCAAGUUCUCGUCGCCACCGCCCCUGUCCAUCACCAAGACGUCGUCGCCGAGCCGCCGGCGGAAGCUGUCCCUGAACAUCCCCAUCAUCACGGGCGGCAAGGCCCUGGACCUGGCCGCCCUCAGCUGCAGCUCCAACGGCUACACCAGCCUGUACUCGGCCGUGUCGCCCUUCAGCAAGGCCACGCUGGACACCAGCAAGCUCUACGUGUCCAGCAGCCUUGCCAACAAGAUCCCGGACGAGGGCGACACCGCCGCUGAGAAGGCGGAAGAGCCCGUAGCUCUCAGUAAGCAGACCUCAGAAGUCUCGGUGAGGGAAGAGUCUGACAACGACCAAAACCAGAGUGACGAUGGGGACACCGAGGCGUCACCGACCAAAUCGCCCACGACGCCAAAGUCGGUCAAAAUCAAAAAUUCCUCAGAGUUCCCCCUCUUCUCCUACAACAACGGGGUCGUCAUGACCUCGUGUCGGGAACUGGACAGCACGCGCAGCGCCCUGUCAGCGGCUUCUGCCUUUGCCAUCGCCACGGCGGGAGCCAACGAGGGUGCCCCUAACAAGGAGAAGUACCGCAGGAUGUCCCUGGCCAGCGCAGGGUUUCCCCCUGACCAGAGGAACGGGGACAAGGAGUUCGUGAUCCGGCGAGCGGCCACCAACCGGGUCCUGAAUGUGCUCCGCCACUGGGUCUCCAAACACUCUCAGGACUUCGAGACCAACGAUGAGCUCAGAUGCAAGGUGGUCAGCUUCCUGGAGGAGGUCAUGCACGACCCAGAGCUGCUCACCCAGGAGAGGAAGGCCGCAGCCAACAUCAUCAGGACUCUGACCCAGGAGGACCCGGGUGACAACCAGAUCACGCUAGAGGAGAUCACGCAGCUGGCGGAAGGCAUCAAGGCAGAGCCCUUCGAAAACCACUCGGCCCUGGAGAUCGCGGAGCAGCUCACCCUGCUGGACCACCUCGUCUUCAAGAAGAUCCCCUAUGAGGAGUUCUUCGGACAGGGCUGGAUGAAACUGGAGAAGAACGAAAGGACCCCCUACAUCAUGAAGACCACCAAGCAUUUCAAUGACAUCAGUAACUUGAUUGCUUCAGAAAUCAUCCGCAAUGAGGACAUCAACGCAAGGGUGAGCGCCAUCGAGAAGUGGGUGGCCGUGGCCGACAUCUGUCGCUGCUUGCACAACUACAAUGCCGUGCUGGAGAUCACCUCGUCCAUGAACCGCAGCGCGAUAUUCCGGCUGAAAAAGACGUGGCUCAAAGUCUCCAAGCAGACGAAAGCUCUGAUUGAUAAGCUCCAAAAGCUUGUGUCAUCAGAGGGCAGAUUUAAGAAUCUGAGAGAAGCUCUGAAAAAUUGUGACCCUCCCUGUGUCCCUUACCUGGGGAUGUACCUCACCGACCUGGCCUUCAUCGAAGAGGGGACGCCCAAUUACACGGAGGAUGGCCUGGUCAACUUCUCCAAGAUGAGAAUGAUAUCUCAUAUUAUCCGAGAGAUUCGCCAGUUUCAACAAACCGCGUAUAAAAUAGAGCACCAGGUGAAGGUGACCCAGUACCUGCUGGACCGGUCCUUUGUGAUGGAUGAGGACAGCCUGUACGAGUCGUCCCUGCGCAUGGAGCCGAAGCUGCCCACCUGA